UGUCAUGGCGUCUCCCUUGAAGGGGGAUAUGUGCUGGAGAAAGUAGCCGCUGUCAUUUAUUCCAUUUGUCCCGUGCACCGAGCAGCUUACCCCGGCUGAAGACGCUUCCAGGAGCGGAUAGAGACCAUGGGGACAGUCCAUGCUAAGAGUCUGGAUCCUCUCCCGAUGCAUGGCAGGGACUUGGGUGUCAACCCUGAUGACCUGGUGGAGCCUCCAGAACUGGAGCAGGAGUCCAAGCAAGAGAUCCUCGAAAACAAAGAUGUGGUCGUCCAACAUGUCAACAUUCAGGGUCUGGGACGAACUAAAGAGGACCUGCUCGGCUACGAGAUCUCUGAUGUUUUCAACGCCAAGAACCUCAUUGAUGUGAUGAAAAAGUCUCACAUUGCCAGACAGAAGCUGCUCCGCCUGGGAAUCUUUAAAGAGGUGGAGGUCCUCAUCGAUACAUCUGAAGGUUCAGACGCUCUGCCCAACGGUUUGGAUGUAACAUUUGAGGUGACGGAGAUCAAGAGACUGACAGGAAGCUACAACACCAUGGUUGGCAACAAUGAAGGAAGCAUGGUUCUGGGUCUGAAGUUGCCCAACAUGUUGGGUCGAGCUGAGAAACUCACCUUCCAGUUCUCCUACGGGACCAAGGAGACAUCAUAUGGCCUGUCUUUCUUCAAGCCCCAGCCAGGACACUUUGAACGAAACCUCACCCUCAACUUAUACAAAGUCACUGGUCAGUUCCCAUGGAGCUCCUUAAAAGAGACGGACAGAGGAGCGUCCGCAGAACUUAAUUUUCCUCUCUGGAUGACCGAUCACACGUUGAAGUGGGAGGGUGUGUGGAGGGAGCUGGGCUGCCUGGCACGCAGUGCGUCCUUCGCCGUGCGAGAAGAGAGUGGACACUCGCUGAAAUCUGCCCUCUCUCACACUGUGUCAAUCGAUUCAAGGAAUUCUUCCAUUUUCCCCAGCAGAGGUGCCUUACUGCGGAUCAACCAGGAGCUGGCCGGGUACACAGGUGGAGAUGCCAGCUUCUUGAAGGAGGAUUUUGAGCUGCAGCUCAACAGACGGCUCUUCUGGGACUCAGUUUUGUCUGCUUCUCUGUGGGGUGGGAUGCUUUAUCCCAUUGGAGGACAGCCAUCCUGCAUCGCUGACAGGUUUUACCUUGGAGGUCCCACCAGUGUACGAGGGUUUGGGAUGUACAGCAUCGGGCCACAGAGUGAAGGUGACUAUCUGGGUGGAGAGGCAUACUGGGCAGGUGGUGUGCACUUGUACACUCCACUGCCCUUCAGACCAGGCAAGGGCAGCUUCGGAGACCUCUUCAGAACACACUUCUUUCUCAACGCAGGCAACCUCUGCAACCUCAACUACGGUGAAGGUCCGCGGGCACACCUUCAGAAGUUAGCCGAGUGUAUCCGCUGGUCGUAUGGAGCCGGUAUCGUGCUGCGGCUCGGGAACAUUGCCAGACUGGAGCUAAACUACUGCGUGCCCAUGGGAGUCCAGAGUGGAGACAGGAUAUGUGACGGUGUCCAGUUUGGAGCAGGAAUCCGCUUCCUGUAACCUCAUCGCCCCAGUGCUCUCAGUACUUCAUCAGAGGCUGUGAUGUGAAAAGGGAGAAUGUCUUGUUGUUUGUCACCUGUAACGUGUUGUAGAGUGUGUAACACUAGCAUGGGUCCUAUGGGAAAUGUGCCUGACCCCCUAAAUCCCUCCUUUGAUAUGCACCAGUCAGGGCUUUGGAACAACAAAGUGCCAGUGCUAGGUCCAGAGAACUGGAGAAACUUUCACAGUACAAACUAAACCGACUCAAGUAAAGUAACCAGAUAUAUGGUCACAUUAGCAGCAACCUCAAGACACAACAACAACAGCAAAAAUACAGUCAGAAUCUUUGACAAAUUCCAACAGUAUGUUCUCUUCAGUCAACUCUAGAAUAAUGGGGUUUUUUUUUAAAUUUAAGCCACUGUGUCUUUCUCCGUGUAUUGAAUUCUCCAGCACUGGCACUGUGUGUGAAAAAGUCAUCUACCAGUGAUUUCACCCACUAUGUUUCCUGUGGUGACACAAAGUAAAUUAUUUUCCAGAACGUUAAUUAGUUUUUGGGCAUGUUCCCUGUUUGCCUUCCGGGACUGCUUCUCAUCUGGGAGCAACACUUGUUCAUGAUUUUGUUUGACAGUUCACCACACACUCUUCUGACCUGAUGAGUUUUGUGAAGUUUUAUUGCAGUAGCAGUGAGGGGAUGAAUCGAGAGAAACCAGCACUUUUUAAACAAAGCAGCGGUGUUGGAAGGGAAGCGACCCUCAUGCCAAAGUAGUUUGUCAAAACGCAAAGAACAGCGGGUUGAUCUCUAGAGGUGGGGACCCCCCUGAGCAACAUCCACCACCAGUGCUCUUACUGUUAGUCCUCUUUUUGAUGUUGAAGAUAUUCACAAAUAAAUCACAGCUGCUCCCCUGGUU